UUAAAAGAGAGUUUUAUUAUGCACAAAAAGAAUGUUGAAAUUUAUCAUUCGGGAUUUCUCAUUAAAUCACCACCAAAUCCGAAAGGUUCUAUUUUCAAAGCUCGUUGGCGUCGUCGAUGGUUCACACUUAAACAAGGCGAAUUACCAGGACAAUUUUUCCUAGAAUAUUUUACGGAUAACAGCUGCCGAAAAAGAAAGGGAGUAAUAGAUUUGGAUCAAGUCGAACAAGUAGAUGCAGGAUUAUCGUUAGACAGGGCAACAAUAAAAUUCCAGUGGAUGUUUGAUAUGAAAACUCCGAACCGAACUUAUUAUUUAUCCGCAGACAAUGAGCAAGAUAUGCGAGAUUGGGUAAUGGUAAUUUGUCAAGUAUGCAACCUUCAAGAAACAGAGGAUAAAAACGGUGGAAACGAUUCAUCAUCCUCAUCAACCAUAACAGCACAAUACUAUAAUGUCGGGCCAAAUAACGAUUUUGAAGCAAAAGAGAUUACCCAAAAUGAUUUAUCAACAAAUACAGACAGCACAUUGCUGAUGAAUACAGUGUCUGACUUUUCUGCAGUAUCUAAUCGAACAAAUCAGCAUUUAUCAAUUGUCAAUGAAUACGAAAACGAUGAUUUUGUAGAAAGCCGAAAUAAUAAUCAUGACGAAGGAAAAAAUUAUUCAAACCUGUUGCCCAUUGAAUCAUCUCAAAAGGAAAAAUCUAUAAAAACUGCUGUUACAAAAUCUACUGGGGCCAUAAAAAAAAUUCCUGAAAACUUAAAGCUACGUUUUGAUGAUAAAAUCAAUAAUAAUGGAACAGAGGACUAUACUUUAAAUCGUGCUUCUGGACCUUACAUUCCACUAAGCGAUUGUUUCAGUGGAAGUCCUGUCUUAUUUAAAAAUGAUGGAGAUCCAAAAACUCCUUUGAACUCAUUAGAUCCCAAAUUUUAUGAGACACCUCGUUCACACAUAACAAAUAUCGGACUUAAUCUUACUGAUGACCAACCAAUUUCUCCCAAGAAAAUAAACUUACAACAACAAAAUUCUAAAAGCAUCAAUUCAUCCCCAACCGAUUCUGGUGAUUCGAUGACAGAUGAAGAAUGGAAUGAACCGAAAAUUGUUGAACGUAAAACAAGACCAUCCGAUAGUUCUAUAGAAAAUGAAGCUAUUAUUACUACGACCGGUCAGAGUUAUAUGAAAAUGCCUGUUAAUAACCCAAUUCCAUUACCACCCAAACGAAUAAGCAUAGUUUUUGAUAAAAAACAAGAUUUGUCUGAUACGGAAGAAAAUGUCUCACCUAUUAUAACAUCAAUUGGACCCAAAGAAAAAUCAUCUUUUGUAGACGAUAGCUAUGAUUUUCCAAGAUCUCACAACAUUCAAUUGUUUAGUGGAAGCCAUCGCGAUAUUGGAAAAAUAGGAUCAUCUUCAUCCAUUCAUGGACAUUUAAUGACAUCAACUCCUAAUUUAAUUCAUAGCGCAUCGACAAAUGAUAAAAAUUUUUAUGGAAAUGCACCACCACGCGAGCGAAAUGUUUUUGUUUUUGAUCAUGAAUCGAUUUCCAUGCCACCGCCUCCAGAGGUUAAUCGCACGCUAAAACCCAAGAAAAAUGGAAAAGCUACAAACAAAAAUAUCCAAAACGCACCUGUUAUUGAUAGAAAAUUAAAGCCAUCAACUUCAAAGUCGCUAGUUAUGGCAGAAACAAAUUUACCGAAAAGACGCGGCCCAGAAACAAUCUCAUUGACAGAAGUUGAUGACUCAUUACUUAAUGACUCAUUGGCAUCAAAUCAAUCAUUCGGCUUAUCACCAAAAACUCCCGAUCGACUACAAUAUUUAGACUUGGAUCAUACUAGUAGUCCCCAAAAAAGCAUGCUUGGAUCAAUUGCAGCAACAUCGAUUGCUAGUAAUAUGGCAAGUUUAGACAUUUCAUUAAAUGGGUCUAUUAAAGAGGGUGUUGGAGUUGCAUAUACGACUGUUGAUUUUUUAAAAACGGAUGCUUUUAACAGAGUCCGCGAAGAUUCCGAAAUGACAAGAGCCAGUAAGUCAAGAAUCAAAAAUUGAGUACCUUUAUAAUGCAGAAAAAUA